AUGUCGGCCACCUCGGGGCCCAGCGUGGUGCCCACCAGGGACGUGGGAGAGAUCUACAACUGGACGGAGCUGCUCCACUUCUUCAACCACACCCUGCCCGAGUGCCACAUGGAGCUCAACGAGAACACCAAGCGCGUAGCCCUCUUUGUGCUCUACCUGGCCAUCUUCGUGGUCGGGCUGGUGGAGAACCUCCUGGUGAUCUGCGUCAACUGGCGGGGCUCGGCCCGCGCGGGGCUGCUGCGUCUCUACGUGCUCAAUAUGGCCAUCGCUGACCUGGGCAUCAUCCUGUCUCUGCCCGUGUGGAUGCUGGAGGCCACGCUGGACUACACCUGGCUCUGGGGCAGCUUCUCCUGCCGCUUCACCCACUAUUUCUACUAUGCCAACAUGUACAGCAGCAUCUUCUUCCUGGUGUGCCUCAGCGUGGACCGCUACGUCACCCUCACCAAUGCCUCUCCCUCCUGGCAGCGCCACCAGCACCGAGGGCGCCGGGCCGUGUGUGCCGGGGUCUGGGUCCUCUCGGCCCUCAUCCCGCUGCCCGAGGUGGUCCACAUCCAGCUGGUGGACAGCUUUGAGCCCAUGUGCCUCUUCAUGGCGCCUUUUGAAACAUACAGCACGUGGGCCGUGGUGGUGGCCCUGUCCACCACCGUCCUGGGCUUCCUGCUGCCCUUGCCCCUCAUCGCCGUCUUCAACGUGCUGACGGCCCGCCGGCUCCGGCAGACAGGACAGCCUGAGGGCCGGCGCCACUGCCUGCUGGUGUGCGCCUACAUAGCCGUCUUUGUCAUCUGCUGGCUGCCCUACCACCUGACGCUGCUGCUGCUCACACUCCACGGCACCCACAUCUCCCUCCACUGCUACCUGGCCCACCUGCUCUACUUCUUCUACGACAUCAUUGACUGCUUCUCCAUGCUCCACUGUGUUGUCAACCCCAUCCUUUAUAACUUCCUCAGCCCGAGCUUCCGGGGCCGGCUCCUCAACGCCGUGGUCCAUUACCUUCCCAAGGUCCAGGCCAGGGAGGGCAGACAUGCCUCCUCCUCCUCCUCCUCCUCCACCCAGCAUUCCAUCAUCAUCACCAAGGAGGGCAUCCAGCCCCCUGCAGCCGGCCCCCACCACCACCCAAGCCUGAACUUCCAGGCAGCAAACACCCCACCCACCUCCGCUCCCCAGUCUCUUGUAGCCAGCUGA